AUGCUAGACGCUCUUCAUUCCUGGUUCCUUGGCCUCGCCAUGUGCAAGGUGUUUAUCUACAUGCAGGUAGAUAUUGCAAAUCCUCGUUCAGGAUUUUAUACUAGAAACAGUUUCCUACUUGCGGUUUGCGAGUGCUCCUACACUACUUUCCCUAUAAGAGCGAAUGAAGUGUUCCUCAUUCUAAGUGAUCCACAGCUUGUCAUGCUAUUGAAUAAUAGGCAUAUCGUGUUACGGAGAUUGAAUAAAAAGCACAACAAGUUGGCGACGGAUAUCCGAUAUUUACAAGAAGUGGUCAAUGUGUUUGUGGUUGGAAUGACGGGUAACAUUUUAGUAUGUUACUCUGCAUGGUGCAGUAGAUCACUGAAAACUGUUACGAACAUCUUUCUGGUCAACCUUGCCGUUGCAGACAUUCUGGUCCUUUUAAUAUGCCUUCCGGCAACCGUCAUCACGGAUGUCAUGCAGUCGUGGUUCCUAGGGAUCAUAAUGUGCAAGUUAUCCGUCUAUCUGCAGCGCGUGUCCGUGUUUGUGUCAGUGCUGACGUUGACGUCUAUCUCUGUAGAGCGCUACCUGGCAAUCUGUCAUCCGCUACGUUACCACGGGUCGUAUUUCAAGACGAAGCCAAUCAUAGCAGUCAUUUGGAUUGUUUCUCUCGCCACGCCAUCCGUGGAUUUUUACAACAUGAUCCUUGUGCAUGACAGUGAGAUUCCAGAAAGCCUGCGACCAUGGCUGACAGUGUGCGGGCCACGUGACGAGAAUAUCGAGAUGGAGUUUAACAUGUUCCUGGUCGUCGUCUUCUUCUUCAUUCCAUUGGUCAUUAUGUCCUAUACAUAUGGAAAGAUCGCCGUUUGUAUCUGGUCAUCAACAUCGAGGCACAACACCAUGUCUCAAAAUUUACAGAAAGAAUCGGCAAUAGAAUAUCUACAAGUACGACGCAGGACAGCUAAGAUGUUGAUUGUUGUCGUCAUCACGUUUGGACUCUGUUAUCUUCCAAUUUAUGUUCUAAAUAUUGCCAGGUAUACAAAUGCCCUAGAUGGUCUGAGAGGAAACCGAGUCGCCGUGCUGUGUAUGUACUGGACGGCCAGAUUUCUAUGUUAUUUCAACAGUGCCGUAAAUCCGGUUAUAUAUAACUUCAUGAGCGUGAAGUUUCGGAAGCAAUUUAAGACGGCGUGUCACGGCUGCUAUGUCCAUUUGCGUUGCUGUUGCUGUUGCUUCAAGAAGACGAGACGAUAUCGCCGAAAUUUAACUCACUUGCAUACGCUGAAAAGGUAA